AUGGACAUCGUGGAACCACUCAAUGUGAUCAGCAAUGGAAACAAAUACAUUUUAACCUGCAUGGAUUAUCUAACCAAAUAUCCCGAAUGUAUUCCAGUUAAAGACAUGAAAGCAGAAACCGUCGGCUUCCGUCAAAAACUGUCUCCAUCGCCAAUUGGUUCCAGGUUUGUCCAGAUCAAGAUUUCCUCCCACUCACGCUCGGCCACGACAGCCCUAAAGACCGCCUGCUCAACGUGGCUCAAGGAAGAGGUGAGACCCCACUACACCUCUCUCAACUCCAUCAACUGGCAGCUGAGGUACUGCUUCUUCAAAUUAAACUCUACCCUACAUCCACUGGAGUUUGACAUCCUGGACCAAACACUUCGAGACAACAUAUCAAGGAUAGGACAAGUAGAUUUUAUUAGAUUAGGAAGUAAGUUGGCGAGUUUAGAGUCUAGACAGAUUCCGCAAAGAGAUAAGAUUUACUGUAAGAAGUUCUCUGACCACAAAUUUCACGACAGAGUUGUUAAUUUAUCCUCACACAAUUUCACAAGGAAUGAAUUACAAUUUCUAGAGAAAGGCCUUAAAUACAUUCCUUUCUCUAAUACCUCCUAUAGAGAUAUCCAAGAAUUAGCAGUAGACUGUCAAGUCAUCUUAAACAGACUACCAAAAGAGAGUGUGGAUAAGUUAACACCUCAGCUCAUUUCCGCACUUAACAAGAUUGAUGAUGGUGUUGCCUCCACCCAGAGCCCUCCUUCUGAGGACUCUCGCAUUUUAAGAAAGAUCUCAAAGAUGAUAAGCGCUCAGAACAAUCUCAUCAUCUCCAAGGCUGAUAAAGGUAACGCCGUGGUCGUCCUGGACCGGGCAAAUUACAAGCACAAAGUGCACGAGUUCCUGGACACAGGCUCUUUUUCUAAACUACCUAGAAACUGCAUGAAAUCUUUUAUGAAAUUGGCAAAAUCAACAGUCAACGAUUGCCUUGAGACCCUCAAAUAUUUCAAUUGCUCCACCUUCAAUUUGAUUCCGAUGAACCCUAGGAUUCCCCGUUUGUACGGCCUACCUAAGAUCCACAAGCCCGAAUGUCCCAUCAGACGGGUCGUUUCUUUUAUAAAUUCUCCCGUCUACAGACUGGCACACUGGUUGAACACCACACUGAGGAACAUCGUCCCCUUCGACAAUUCCUACUCCAUUAUCAAUUCAGGAGACCUGACGGACAAACUGAGGAAUCUCGAACCACCCCCGGAUUCCUUUCUGGUCUCUUUCGAUGUCACCAACCUGUUUCCAUCGAUACCGUCCAAGGAGUGCCUUUCAAUCGUAAAAGAUCUGCUCUUUGACUCGGAUCAGAACUUCUUCCUCUUCGACUCCGAUUUCUACGCUCAGGAUUCGGGUCUGGCCAUGGGUUCCUCCCUCUCGCCCCUCCUAGCAGAGAUCUUUAUGACUAAAUUAGAGAAACAGAUAUUUGCACGCCAGGAGAGUGACAAGAUCAUAUUCUGGUACCGAUACGUCGACGACGUUCUGGCUCUCUUCAAGGGCUCUAGGGCUGAUCUGGAUGUUUUCUUGAAUUUCAUCAAUGGCCUCCACCCCAACAUUAAAUUCACACUCGAGGUCGAGAAGAACAACAGUCUACCCUUCCUAGAUCUGCUAGUGAUCAGGUCUGACAAGUUAUCGUUCGAGAUCUAUAGGAAACCCACUUGCACGGACUCGGUUAUUCCAUUUGAGUCGAACCACCCCCCGAAAUCCAAGAUUGCCGCAUUCAAUUCACUGAUAUACAGAUUGUUUAGGAUUCCCCUCAGCCCUGAGUCCUUUGAUAGAGAGUGGAACAUAAUCAAACAGAUAGCGGUAAACAACAGGUUUCGACUCCCACUGAUAAAGAGAAUCUUCAUGAAAUUUUUCAACAGGUUGCACCUGAGUGCAUCUGUUACGCGAGAACCGAUUUCCAUCCCGUCAGUCCACUCCCUCCCCCUUACCCCCUCAGACUGUCCUCCGCAACUCGGGAUUCGUAGAUUCGUCGUCAAAUAUGUAGGCAAAGUCUCGCUGAGCAUAGCCAAGAUCCUAAAGAGCGAGGGGCUAGACGUUUCCUUCAAGUGCAGUGGGGGGCUCUUGUCCUGCAUGUCUCUUACCAAAGACAGAUUACCCCCAAUGUCAUCCUCGGGUGUAUACAAGAUAAGGUGUGGUUCAUGCAACGCUGCCUACGUCAGACAGACAGGUAGAGAGUUCUCGGCUCGACUCAGGGAACACGUUAAGUAUAUUGAUAAAUAUUCGGAUACGGACAUCGUGACCACCCCCUCAACUUUUGCCAAUCAUAUCCUAGAGAACAAGCACUCGCUCAAUCCGGCCCUGUUUAAGAUCCUUCACAGGUGUAACAAGAGCUCAAAACUAAACUUCCUAGAGGUCUUGGAGAUUUUGAACUGUACCGGUCUUAACUUCCGUCUGUAA